AUGUCUGAUGAAAAAUUUCUCAUGUUUAAUUCAAGCUUAAUUAAUAAUAAAGAUAAGAUUGGUUACCUUAUAAUUGAAAUUUCAAAUGAUUUUAAAUAAACAGAGAUUAAAUUUGCUUCUAAUUAGUUCUAAAAAUUAUUUGAAAGAAAAAGUUUUGACCAAAAGUUACAAUUAGAUGAUUUAUUACCGAAAUUUCUUAUUAAAUAUCAUCCCUCCUUAAUGGAGAAUUUUUUAAUAACAGGUCAUUCAAAAUUUUUCUAAAACUUCCAGUUAAAUUUUUUAAACACAAAGGAUGGAUUAAUAAAAGGAGUUAGAAUGUGUUAUGAUUUAACUAAAAUAGAAAAAUAAUAAGAUUAAUUGAUUUUUGCAGUUUUCUUCUAAGAAUUGUCUGAUUGCAAAUCCUAUAUUUUAGUUGAUGGAACUACAAAAUUUAGUUAUUUUAGCGAAAGCUUUUUUAAAAAAAUAGGAUUUUAAGACCAUGAGAUUAAAUUUAUCAAAUCUUCAAACAUCUUAUUAAAUUUAUCAAUUACAUAUUUAUUACCUGAUUAUGAUACAUUGAUUGAUAUAAAUGAAUCAGAAAUUAAAUUAUAAGGAGUUGAUUUAUAUUUUGCCAACGUCUUUAGAUUAUUUAGCACUAUUUUUACAGAAAAAAAAGUCCAAAAUUCUUUUAACACACUUUCAAAAAUUACUUGGCAAAGAAAGGAUAAAUUAUUUAAAUAUAGCGUGAAUUUAUAAAUAACGAGAAGAUAAUUUAAAGAGUUUUAUUAUAUAAUAAUAGAAAUUUUGUCAAUAGAAUCAAAUUCAUAAACGAAUAUCAUAGAUUCGAUAAAUCGAAUUGAAUUUUAAGAUUAUUUAUAAAAAAAUGAAUGUUCGAUAAGUGAAGAAUCUGAAAGUUAUUCUUCCGGGCAAUUAAACAUUCAAUGCUAGGAUGUACCAAAUAAAGUUGAAGUAUUUCAAGGACUAAAAAAUGAAUUCAUUUUAUCUCAUCAUUAUUUAGAUUCAUUAAGUUAACCAAGAAUUACAAUUUGUGAACCAGGAAGAUUUAUUACACCUAAUGAAAGUUCAUCCGAUACCAAACGAAAGUUUCAUUCAAGAAAUCAAUAAGAGUUUUAUUCACAAAAACUUUCCUAAGUGGAUAUUUAAGCUUUGAUUUCAGAAAAAAAAUUAGAUUUACCUUAUGAUGAUGAAUAGUAAUAACAGCUAAAAAUGGAUUAAUUAUCUGAUAAGUCUUCAAUAGAGGAUGAAUAAAAAAAGAAGUUCAUGAAAAAGUUUGAACUCGUUUAAAAAUUAAUGGUUUACAAAAGACCGCUAAAACUAAUUGAAAUUUUAUCUCUUCUAACACUCUAAAAUAUAAUCUUUACAAUAUUUUCUUUAAUUGCUAUUACUGUGAUGUUUAAUGACUUAUCUUAAGUUCUUAAAGAAAUAGACACAAUAUCUUUACAUUCAAGUUUAAUGGUUAAACAUGACAUAUACUUUUCAAUUAGAGCAACAAUCAAAAUUUAUUAAGAAUAUAAAAAAAAAUAAGUCCUCCUGAAUGUAACAAAUUUAAUAUCGCCUUUCUACAAUCAUUUAACUGAAGCAUACAUAGAUUAUUAAAAUGAUUUAUACAAUUAGUUUUAGAAUCUAAAUUUAUAACCUUCUCUUGAUGAUUAUUAUAUAAUGAUUUAUUAAUUAGAAUCAUUAGAUAAUUAUUAAUUGUUAGAGAAGAAUGUAACCGUUAGGGAAGCCCUAAUAGUUUAUCUUCAAUAUGAAUUUGCUGUUUUGGAUGCUUUUAUAAAUUAGAAGGACAUCUCAAACUCAACCUUUUAAGUGUUUUUAUUUACAAAUUUUGUGAAAUUGCAUCAAUAUUUGGAGGAUCUCACUUAAAAUUUACUUUCUGAAUCAACAAACAGAAGUCUUAGUGUCGCCAAUAAAUGGAUGCUGAUUUGGAUUUUCUUUUAAAUUGGAGCCCUGAUUUUAGCAAUUUUUAAUUUUUAUUGCUACUACAAUUACAUAACAUUUUAUGAUAAAUUUUUAUUAACUCUAAAAUUUAUUGAAUCGGACUUGGUGGCUUAAGAAAUAGAGAGAUACAAAGAAAUGAUAAAAAGACUUAAAGAUAAUGGUAGGCAUGUUUUUGAAUACAAAAUUGAUUUGGAUUCAAUCCAACAAUAUAAAACAAAUAAACGAUAAUUAUCAAUUAAAAACAAAGAAAUUAUAAAUAAAAAAGUCAUAAAAUUAAGAAGGUUUUCCUCAUUUAUGCUCAUAUUUGUUUUGAAUUUAAUAUUUGGAGGUUACUCUGCAAUAAUUAAUCAAAGAACAUAAAUAUAUUUAAACAAGUAUUACUAAACGCCUUGUCUAGGUGUGGUGAAAAUUGCUUUUUAUAUAAAGAAAUAUUGGUUGGCUUUAAUAACUAUACUUUUUAUUUUUAAGAAGAUAGAGAAAAUAUGUAUCAGAUGCUUUUCAAUUCAUAAGAUUCUAUUUAACUUUAACUCCUAUCUUGCUACAGAUUCUUUUAUAAUACUUUUCAAUGAUUUAAAAACUAAUUCCUUAUGCUCAUAUUUUACUUAAGUAUGUAAAAAAUUAUGA